AGCGCACUAAGCUUGCAAAUGUACUGCGUGUUUUGUGCUAAAUAGAGAGAGAAAGAGAACAAGUCUAAUCUUUGAGAUGCAAAGCAAAGCCUCUCUCUCUCUCGUUCUCUUCCUGAUCGUGGAGGCUGCUGCUCCAGGGAGAGUGAAGACGACGGUCUGGUGCUCCGCAGUGUGAUGUGACCGACCCUUUCCUGCUUGGCUUCCGGACCUUCCGGUCAUUAUAAUUCGAGAAGGGAGAGGGAGAUCGAGCGAGAUCUGCGACUGGAUCCAUGGUGGUUGCUGCAGCCGCCACCCGGAACCCUACGAAACCACGCAAGAGCAGCUCUCCUUCUCCAGGUCGCCAAGAUCCCCAGAAUCCUUGUCGCCUGCCCUUGAUCCCCUCGGAGAAGGACAAUGCUGGUGACGCGGUGAGACGGUCUCGUACCAAGGAGAUCAGCUCCCGCAAUCUCUCCUCUUUUAGUUCCUCCUCCGCCUCUUCGAAUUCUACUUCGUAUUCUGCCGCCAGUAACUUCUCUUCUCCGAGCUCGUCGUCGAGCUCUCGGCGUUUUCCGUCGCCCUUCGCGAACUUCCGGCCGUCGACGCCGCCGGCAUUGCGCCAAUCCAGCUCCCAGAAGCGAUCCUGCUCCGCGGAUCGGGCUCGACCUUCCACGCCUGCAGGCCGUGGCGUGCCAAGGGAGGCCGAACCUUCCGUGGCCGCCAACACUCUCUGCACGACGACACGGAGCCUUUCGGUCUCGUUCCAGGGUGAAUCUUUCUUCUACCAGACCAGCCGCGCCAAGACCGUCUCCCCUAGCACCCCCACGCCAGAGCGGCGGCGACCUGUUGCCGCCGUUUCUGCUGCAGCGAAGACUGGUGAUCAUUUGGAGAACUCAAGGCCCUUUGAUAGCCGCCACCGAUGGCCCGCCUCUCGAGCCCUGCCAUCGAAUUCGUUGAUGAGGAGCUCGAGCUGUUCCUCCGAGAAAAAAGAACAGAUCUUGGCCACCGUCAGGUUGCUCCACCAGACGAUGUUGUUCGACGAUAGUACAAGGAGGAUAUCGUUUGAUGGGGGUGAUCUCUCAGCUUCAUCCGAUACCGACAGUGUUUCCUCUGGGAGUAAUUCUGGUACACCUGAGUUCAGUGCUCUUUCCAGGGCAAAGGUGACUUCCCGUGGGAUCAGUGUACCAGCCAGGUAUAGGCAAGAAAUAAACAGCCGAUUGCGUCAAUACCCAGAGCCUUGUUCCCCUUCGCCAAAUUCAAAGUCUGCGGCACCGAAGUGGAGUGGGACAAAGAAAUUGUCUGAUAGCCCCUUGUCUUAUCCAAGUUCAACUUCUUCACCGCUUCGGGGACCCAUGAGACCACCUUCACCUAGUAAGCUCGUGGCAUCAAGGGGCAUGUCUAGCCCUCAACGGACACAGACUAAUGUAGCAAUGAGUACCUCACCAAUUGCUCGUGCGGGCAAUGCUCCUUCCAUUAUAAGCUUUGCUGCUGAAGUGCGCAGGGCAAAGAAAGGGGAGAACCGGAUUGAGGAGGCUCACUUGUUGAGGCUGCUUGAUAACCGACAUUUACAGUGGCGAUGUGUUAAUUCCAGGGCCAAUGCUGCACUGAUACUACAGAAAUUAACUAUAGAGAAAAAUAUAUACAAUGCAUGGACAACAACCUCAGAGUUGCGUGAUUCUAUUACUACUAAAAGGAUCGAGCUACAACUUCUGACACAAAAUUUAAAGCUGGCUUCCAUCUUUAAAGAACAAUUGGCCUAUCUGGAAGAAUGGUCAGUCAUUGACACAGAGCAUUCAAGUUUAUUGUUGGGAGCAAUUGAAGCAUUAAAGGCUAGCACUCUCCGCCUACCUAUUGUUAGUGGUGCCAAGAUGGACAUCCUGGAACUUAAGGACAGUGUUGGUUCAGCAGUUGAUAUGAUGCAAGCAAUGGGAUCCUCAAUACGCUCCCUAUUAUCAAAGGUACAAGGAACUAGUAUCUUGUUAUCUGACAUUACUAAAUUGGCGGCACAAGAAAGAGCACUACUUGAUCAAUCAAGAAAUCUCUUGUCCACAGCGGCAGCUAUGCAUGCAAGUCUCACUUUUUCCCCCCUUUUCUCCCCCAUCAUUUCAUGUUUAACUUCCCAACUUUUAUAUGAAUUUGUGAAACAGGUAAAGCAAUGCAGCCUGCAAGGGCAUCUAGUACAGCUAAAAAGAAAAGCCAGCCGAUUGUAAGCACAUAGCAGGUUCCCUUAGCAAACUUGUGAUCACUAACAUCACAGAAAGCUCUUCCUUUUUCUAACCAGAAUGAUUGCCAUGAAAUAAAGAAGCUAAACCCUUAAAAAAAAAGUCUUUUGUGUGUCUGAUUUGCAUAUUUUUCGUCAUUUCCCACCAUCUGUGUUUGCUCCAACAAGGGAUUGAUAGCCUUUCUCAGUCAUGAUCAUGCUCUUCUUACCACAAUCAAAGAAAAGUUUAUGUACAUAUACAAUGCAUUGCUUGGUUAAAGCUAGCAUUUUUUGUUA